GCGCUUCGUACAAUAGGAUAAUAAAGGGAACCGGAUGGGAGUGGAGCUGUGAGUGCGAAUUGUAUGACGGUAUGAUUAAAUAAUCAAUUGCAACCUAUAUAUGAACUGUGUGCUGUAUUAGUCGUAAUCAGAAGCAGCUCGACAAUCAUGAAGGAACGGGUGAAGCGUCGAUUGACUUAUUUUGCCGUGAUUGUAUUCUUUUUACUAGAAGGUGUCGAAUACGCCAUUAUCCUUCCCACCGUAUAUCAGUACCUUCAGUCCCUUGGUGGCGAGGCCUACCAACUUGGACUGGUCAUUUCAGCAUUUCACGUCAGUGGCCUGGUAGCCGCACCAAUAUUCGGAAAAUUCUCGGACAAGAGAAUAAGUACGAAGUGGCUUGUAAUAUUUUCAAACUGUUUUGAAAAAGUAGGGAAUUUGAUUUACUUCAUUGGGGGAGAUAAGUGGCUACUUUUCGCGGGUCGAUUGGUGGCCGGCGUAGGAUCCGGCGCUGCAGCAACUAUGUUUGCGUUUCUUGCCCGUGUAACUGAGGACAAAGAUCGCACUGCUAUAUUUUCACUGGCCAUGGGAGCACGGCAGAUUGGUCUUCUAAUAGGUCCAGGACUUUACCUCGGACUAAGGCUUGUGAAUCUAAAACUGGGAGCGGUGGAAAUAAACGAACUGAACUCACCAGGUCUCUUCAUGACAUUGAUGUGGAUUAUCAUGGACCUGCUUAUGGUUUUUCUCUUUUGGGAUUUUGCAAAUAAAACUGACGAUGGCGUGAAAGAAAUUGCAUUUGCGAGGCAUUUUUGUUGCGGUGUCUUGAAGUCUAACAAGUCACCAUCCGAAGAGUUGGCUUUUCACUUUGAAGAUGGUUUACAAACAGAAAUUUAUCCUGUUACUUUUCUUAGUGGCAGACGUCUUUCCAUGAAUACAGUAUCAACACGAGGCAACAGGCAGUCUAUCAUGCAUCGCGUUGCCGAUAUAGCACAUAUUCCGACUAUUACUGAAACAUUUAACGAAAUGCGUGAAAAUGACAAAAACAAUGCCCCUUAUGACACUACGAAUGUGAAUAAUGUUGCGGAAAGUGAAGAGACUGAAAGGGCUAACGGCACCAGCAACAACUUUUUAAGCAUAUCAAAUUUUAAAAGGUUUCGUCAUUAUUUCAAGAAAACGGUCAUAACCGUAUUGUUAGCACAGUUUGUCACUUUGUUUAAUCAAACAUCUUUGGAGACACUGGUAACACCAUAUACUGAAGAACAUUUUCAGUUCCAUACUUUUGAAAAUAGUUUGCUCUAUUUAGUGGGCGGCGUAGAAGUUAUCGUUGGUUUUGUAAUUGUUAGAUUACUAAGCAAGAAACUUCAGGACAGAUCAAUUCUUUUGAUUGGGACACUGAUAUGUGUUACUUCUUGUGUUUGGUUUGCCAUAUUUCUCGUGCAGCCUAUGCAUCCCUAUACCUGGCUCUUGGUUGAGUUUGCAGUUGCGGUAUUCCUUCAGUUAUUGGGGUUACCGUUCGUGGCUGCAGCCCAGGCCUCACUUUUCUCUAAAGUUACUCCAGAAAAGGACCAAGGGCUCAGUCAGGGUAUACGUCAUAUUGUAGGUGGUGUUGCCGCCAUAUUAGGGCCCAUUGUUGCUGGGGCUUUUACUGGGCAACUUUACGGGUUACUAGCUACAAUGAUUGUAUUUUUAGUUGUUCUCCUGGUUCUCAUGGGCGUGUCCUUCAAAUCCCUAAAUACUAAUACAUGUAGUAUAAGUGGAAAUGCUGAACACAAUGAACCUUCUAUCAGGGUCACGGAUUGAUUUUCACUUGAUUUUCAUAGAUAUCUCUCGUGUUAAUCCAUGAUACAAUUCUCUGCUGGCUCGCUACAGAAAAGUGCACAUAAUUAACCUAAGGCCCUGGUACGGCGUUUAGUUUAUUUGAUUUAAAAAGCGCGUUGCUUCAAAGUCUAAUGCCUACCAUUUAGUAAUAUUCAACACACUUUCAGUAAAUACUUUUUCACGUUUUAGUCACUUGCACUGUAUUUAAUAUGAAAUGUCACCCUAAGUUAAUACACAGAUAUAUAGACAGAUAAGUACAAGUAGAUGAAUGUAGGUUAAUUUCAAAACACCUUGUAAAUAGAUUAUGAACAAAAGAAUUAUACAGACUUGACAUUUAAUAUGGAAUAUUUUUUCCGAACCACUUUUUUUUAUUUUGUCCUACUUUUCCGACUUAAUAAGUCGACUAAAAAGGAUUUGAAUCUUGUUUUAAUAGCUUUUAAUAAUCUUUUCAGUGAAAUUUUGACAUCCACUCUUUCGCUGAAUUCACCUUAUUAAGCAAACAAAUAACAUGGCUGAUUCUAAGUAAAACAACAACAAUUGAGAGCAUUAUGUCGAUCUCCAUAUUUUCCAAAUUAUCACGCACGGUAACAUCUGCUACAUGUAUGCAAAAUUUCAAAAUCUUAUGUGCGGGCGUUUCCGAAAUAUUGAGACUUUUUUGUCUGAACCAUGCACUGCCGUAGCCAUACUAAGACCAGCCAAAUGAGUACUACCCAAAGAAAUCACCGCACAUUACGUAAUGAUGCAGUGCUUCAGACAAGGCAGUCAGUUUAUUGUUACUGACAUACUUGAUCAUACUUUUGUGUAUUCUCAUAAUUCGCACGAAAUGCACUUUUUAGAAAUAAAUGGUACAUUUUACCUAGCCAUAUCCUUGAAACUAAAAUAUUUCAUGUUAAAUGUCAAGUCUGUAUAAUACUUAAUGGAAAUUUAUUGGAAUUUUAUUGAAGUGUCCUCUAGCCCGCUUUUAUUACAACGAGGUUCAGAGUUAGCACCCUGA